AUGGAAGAAUCGGACUCCGAGAAAAAGAUGGAGAAGGAGAAUCUGGGGCCAAGAGUGGAGCCUCCCAUAGGGGAGCCGGAAGGAUCGCUUGGGUGGGCGCUGCCAAAUACAGCCUUGAAGAAAAAGGUGCUAUUGAUGGGUAAAAGCGGGUCUGGUAAGACCAGCAUGAGAUCUAUUAUCUUUGCAAAUUAUAUUGCCAGAGACACGCGUCGCCUUGGUGCAACAAUUGAUGUAGAACAUUCCCAUGUUCGAUUUCUGGGAAACCUGGUGUUGAACCUGUGGGACUGUGGUGGACAGGACACCUUCAUGGAAAACUACUUCACUAGCCAACGGGACAACAUCUUCCGAAAUGUGGAGGUUCUGAUUUAUGUCUUUGAUGUGGAGAGCCGCGAACUGGAGAAGGACAUGCACUAUUACCAGUCAUGCCUGGAGGCCAUUCUGCAGAACUCGCCAGAUGCCAAAAUAUUUUGCUUGGUGCACAAGAUGGAUCUGGUACAGGAGGAUCAGCGGGAUCUGAUUUUCAAAGAGCGAGAAGAAGAUCUGAGGCGUUUGUCUCGCCCACUGGAAUGUUCUUGCUUCCGGACAUCUAUUUGGGAUGAAACUCUUUAUAAGGCUUGGUCCAGCAUUGUUUAUCAGCUGAUUCCCAAUGUUCAGCAGCUCGAAAUGAACCUGAGGAAUUUUGCCGAAAUUAUUGAGGCCGACGAAGUGCUUCUAUUUGAGAGAGCUACUUUCCUGGUGAUUUCUCACUAUCAGUGCAAAGAGCAGCGUGAUGCCCACAGAUUUGAAAAAAUCAGCAACAUUAUUAAGCAGUUUAAGCUAAGCUGCAGCAAGCUGGCUGCUUCUUUCCAGAGCAUGGAAGUUAGGAACUCUAACUUUGCUGCUUUCAUUGAUAUCUUUACAUCCAACACUUAUGUGAUGGUUGUGAUGUCUGAUCCAUCCAUUCCUUCUGCAGCGACUCUGAUCAACAUCCGCAAUGCCAGGAAACACUUUGAAAAGCUGGAAAGAGUGGACGGACCAAAGCAGUGUCUUCUCAUGCGCUAA